CUACUUCCGGGAUUCCGAUGUCGGCCUAGCCAGCGAGCUAACUAGUUUGCUAGCGGCUAAACUCAAGGAGGACCGUAACGACCCACACCCCACAGGCACGACAGCUCGCCUGUUCGGCAUUAGGGGCAUCUAAAAGCCGACCCACAGAGCCAGUCGGUAAAAGACAACAGAAGGAUUGUGGGAAAACGGGACUAAAAUGCAUCAGACUACAUAACACCACUGCUGCACAUGACUUUGUUUAAGAAAUGCAAAAUGGGAAAGGAGGUCUAUCUGCAGAGAAUUUGGAGGUGGGAGAUGUCCUUUCACCCAGAACCGGCCAAGUACGAUGACGCUUUGAUGACAUGCAAAGGACUUCUUUUUGGAAUGAGUUGAUUUUGUCCUCAAAACAACACAAAGACUGGAGGCAAGGGUCUCGCAAGAACUAAGGGUCUCUGGCUGAGCGAUUGUACUUCGGAAAGUCAAAGAUAGACACAAUUUAAAAAACAUUUUUUAUCAGCUUUUUAAAUAUAUUUUGCAGCUGGACGUUUUAUUUUUUUUACUUUUUAUUUGUUGUUAAGCAGCUUUCCCGCAACUGGUUUAGAAGUUGGUUUAGUUGUUUUUACAACUACGACUUGGUUUGAGCGCUGGAACUGUCCCUUCUGCCGCCAUCCUCUUUCUUCCACCCACCCAGUGCCUAAAUAAGCCCUCUCGGGACAAUCGCAGAAGUCAUCAGCAGCUGCUGCGCUCAAUCCUCUGCCUGUUCUCCUCUGUGCUUCUGCUCUCGGCCUGCUGGCUAUCCACCCACUACCUCUUUAUUUUCUGCUCUUUUGUUUGUAUAUUCAUUUUCUCUGAGACGCAUAAUCAGAACCUAAGCACAGUUGGCGAGCAUUAAUGUAAAAGCUGAGUUUCAGGAGUAAACUGAAACCUAAUUUUCCCGUGUGCGAGUGUCUCUGCCUUGGUGUUCAAGCACUGAAGUUUAACGGUUACACUAGUGCCAGAAAGCAGACCGAUUAGAUUUAUUUAUAUUGUCGCACCAAAUACAGUUGCAUUAAAGCCAUACAAAAAUAUUUAUGAAUUACCUACACAUAUUUUUGUAUCACAUUGCUCUAUAGUUUUCUUUUUAUAAGCCUCUAUUAAGAUUAUGCACACAAAUUAAAUAUUUACAACAAGCUGUAUAUUACUGUAUAAAAAAAAUCUCUGAUUAUAUAAGUGCCAGAAGACUGUCUGGAUACAGAGAAUCAUUCAUGUUUCCACUCAGUUGCUGCUUUGCAUAGUGUUUUCUUUUCCAGUCUGUAGUCAUGGCCCCUCCCACCAAACAAACUCCAUAUUCGCCAUUUUGACCUGUAAAGCAGCCUUGACAGUAGGUAGUCUUUAGAAAUCUACCUCUCUCUCUCUCUCUGUCUUCGUUCCGUCUCUCUCUGAUGCCUGGGUUCAGUGGUGGGGGGGUUGGGGGAGGAGUAGGUGUCCCUGCUUCUGCUCCUCCCCGUCCAUUUCGUCCCAGCCGAUAUGUCCCGGUGUCCGCAGCCACCACGUUCCUCGUCGGAUCCACCACCCUCUUCUUCUGCUUCACGUGCCCAUGGUUGUCAGAGUAUAUCUCCUUUGUCAUUCCCAUCUACGUUGCGGUGAUCUUCCUCUUCACCCUCGCCAACUUCUGUAUGGCAACUUUCAUGGACCCUGGAGUCUUCCCCAGAGCCGAAGAGGAUGAGGACAAAGAAGAUGAUUUCCGUGCGCCGCUCUAUAAGACGGUGGAGAUCAAAGGGAUCCAGGUGCGCAUGAAGUGGUGCUCGACCUGUCGCUUCUACCGCCCGCCGCGCUGCUCGCACUGCUCCGUCUGCGACAACUGUGUGGAGGAUUUUGACCACCACUGUCCCUGGGUGAACAACUGCAUUGGUCGGAGGAAUUAUCGCCAUUUCUUCCUCUUCCUGAUAUCACUUACCACCCACAUCAUUAACGUGUUUGGCUUUGGCCUGGUUUAUGUCCUGCACCACCGCCAUCAGCUGGACACGCCACACGCUGCUGUAACUAUGGCUGUAAUGUGUGUGGCUGGUCUGUUUUUUGUCCCAGUCGCGGGCCUCACUGGGUUUCACAUGGUGCUGGUUUCUCGCGGCAGGACCACAAAUGAACAGGUGACGGGGAAGUUUCGGGGAGGUGUUAACCCUUUCACCAAUGGCUGCACAAGGAAUAUUUCUCAUGUGCUCUGCAGCUCCCAGGCCCCCAGAUACAUGGGCCGGCAGCGGAGCCCUCUCACGAUGGACGUGCAGCCGCCGUUCCUCAGACCGGCGCUCACUGAGGCUCAGCUGGAGGCCAAGGUCCUGGACAACGGCAUUCAGAAUGACCGACACAGCAACAGGUCCAAAAGCAGUCUAGAUCAGAUAGAGAGCCAGUCAGCUGAUGCAGAGCCUCCUCCUCCACCUCCUCCAAAGCCAGAGCUUCGGUACCCUGGUCUGCCCCGUGCUGACACUGAGGAGAGCAGCUUGUUGACUGAAGCUCCACCCACACCGUCAAUGUUCAAGUACCGACCAGCCUUCAACAGCCCGGGAAGGAACCACACUGCACUCACACACCCCAACAAGAUGAUCCGUGGGGAGAGUCUUGACUCUCCGUCUCCCACCAUCCUCCAGUCCAGCCGUCAGUCUAGCUACCGCUCGGAACCGAGCAGCCUGGACGGGACCACAGUGGUGGGGGGAGGUAUGGGGGCGCGCAGAGGGGGAGUGGAAAGGGGUGAGGGCCCCGGAGGCCCUGGCGGGACUGCUGGGACGAUGUCGGGGGGCAUGUCGGGCUACUCCCUGACUGGGCGCUCCUACACCUCCUACCCGUCCUCUCUGGUUCUGUCCGCUGGCGGCUCUCGCUCCUCCAGCCUGCGCUCAGCGCAAACGGCACAUAACCCGCUGACCACGCUCCAAUCAGAGGGCACCACAGACACCAGCUACAAAAGCCUGGCCAAUCAGACGCCUCGGAAUGGCAGCCUGUCCUAUGACAGCCUCCUGACGCCAUCCGAGAGCCCAGAGUUUGAGUCCGCUGUUCAUGAGCUGUCGCCGCAGAAGCCUCGUGCUCCGUUUCCCUCGGCAACUGUGACCGGCCAGCAUGACAGGGUGUCGCCCAGCAGCCCACUGCAGGGCUACACGUCGCCCUUCCUCUCAGCUCAGAUCGCCCAGCAGAGGGAGGGGCAGCUCCUCCAGGGCUCUGCCACUUUCUCCUCCCCCCACAGGGCUUACCUGCGUGCCGUCAGCCCGCCCCCCCACUCCCCCUCUGGGCUUCCUGAGGUCCAGCACCUGCUCCAACAUAACCAGGACUCUUCCCGAGCCCCUCGUCACCUUUCCUCCUCAUCCUCUUCCCCUCGCUCAUUCGAGCCCCCUAUCUCCCCGCCACCUCGCGGCCUCUCCCUCGGCAAGUCCCCGUCUUACAUAGCGGAGGUAGGGCCUCAGCACAAGCCUCGGCCUGCAGGAGGAGGCAUUGUGCUGGGGGGAGGAGGAGCUGGAGGAGGGCCACAGGCUCCACAAUCCACCUCUCGUCCAGUCUUGGCCAAUCACACCACAUCGAAACCAGGUGGCGGAGUGAAGAAGGUGACAGGCGUCGGAGGGACCACUUAUGAAAUAUCGGUUUGAGGGACAGACAUCCUUUGCUGUCCAUCACAGGAGGGGAAACGUCCCCUGACUACUUCCACUUGUCUCUGACCUGAGCUGAACAUUAUUCACGACUGCAGGCUCCUGAAAAAAUACUUUUUUUCCACGGCAAAAGACUAAAGGAGCAGACCUGUCUGGUACCCACUUUGUUAUAUUUGUAACGCCACUGGCCAAUCCUUUCAGAUUUGAACAAAGAGUAUAAGGGGACACCUCAUUUUUCACAGGAUCAAGUCGUCUCCAUUCAGCCACUUUGUGAGCCAUAGACUGUACGAUCAAGGCUGGGUAUAAACAUCUGCAGAACACAGAGAGUUAUCCAAUGAUUUGCUGUUUCAUUUGGUAUAUUAGCACACACAUUGACCACUGUGUCUGACCCUUCAACAGAGGAUGGCCUUUAUCCAGUGGACCGCGAGGAUUUGUUGACCAAUAGAAACAUCUUCUUCACUUUCUGAAUGGACCACACAACCUGUUUAACGAUAAGUCAUGGAAAAAGAGUCCAACCUAUAAACACAGUAUCAUUUUAGUUUUAUAAAUCUUUUUUUUAAAUAUUGUUUUAUAUAAAUGUGUAAAAUCUUGCAGAUUAUUAUUGGGUCAACUUGUCAGGUAUUGAAGAUGACUAUGGAUGAGGGUGGCAGAUGUACUGUGUGUAAUUAUUCAUGAAAGCGAUUUCAAAUCAGUUGCCGGUUUGUAUUUAAUGGCUGCAUCAGCCGCUCAUGAGCUCUUGCUGGAAAUAUCAUCGUCCAAAGAGAAGGAUGAUCGUUUGGUGGACAGCUGAAAUGGCAAAUAAUUGAGCUUAAUUUUCUGAAAGCCACAAAGAAAUUCAGUAUCACGGUUUUCGGCACAAGCGUCUUUGUGGAAUGUACGCUUGUAAUGUUGAUGCUAGAGACAUUAUGCAAAAUCUGUUAGUAGCUUUAAGACCAUGGUAUGUCUUUUUGGUGUUUUUUAUUUCAGUUUCUGUAAUGCUCUGUCAGUCAGUCUAUCAAGAUGCUUGCAGAACCUUUACCAGAUGGCCAGCGAGGGAUGGGCUUAUUUAUUUCUUUAUUUCACCAGACCUUGUAGUUUUGGGCACGAUUUCAAACCAGUCUCUACUCGUUUCAGUUCUUUUAUUUUAAUGGAUAGAAGAAUAUAUUAUUUUUAUGAAAAAUCAUACUAUAAAUGAUAUUGUGAAUGCAAUAUGCCACUGAACAGAAAACAAAGAAGUGGGGACUGGUUUGCAAUUGGAGACGCUGUUCAUUGCUCUUUUUUUGCCUUGAGACCAUUCAUAGUGAAUCGUGCACAUUUUAAUUUUUUCUAUUGGUUUGUAUUUUUUACACUUUUUUCCAAGGAAAAAAUAUGUAACGCAGAUUUUUUGGAUUGACUUUAAAACGUCUGUAAAGGUACAGUUGAUUAUUUUUUAACCCACAGCCAUGUUGAAGAGUAAUUACAGAAAGGGAGGUGUGCUUGAGUUUCAGGAUUGGGCAUUAGAGUUAUGGUUUUAGUUUUUCUAGCAGUAGAAUGUCAAAGCUGGCUGAAUGUGGCACGUAUUUGGGGGAAAGAACACGCUUGAAGCACACAGGUAUCAUUGUUUAACCCAAAUGGCCGUGAUUUUCAUCCCUGCCAGUUCCCUAUGUCGUUAGUGUGCAUGUGAUUUUUGUUUGUCGUGCUGAAUGCUUCUCUGGCGUGUGUACUUGUGAGAAUAUUGUCAGAAGCCCACCUGGUUGACGUGUGGGUGCAAACAAGAAAAGAAGCAUUAAUGGCACAGGAGAUUAAGAGAACCUGUGUUACUUUUCUUCCUACUCUGGCCGAGGAUGAUGGCCACUGAACAAUUUGAAACUAUAUGAGAA